GAGGCAAUUGCGGAAGGAGAGGCACGCGGAGCAAGCAUUCGUGCAAGCUGCGCACGAUUCAGGACCUGUGAUAGCGCAUCUCUCCGACGCCGACGAGUUGCGACGGCCGCUGCGCCUGCCCGGUCAAAUACAACCCUCAUACGCCUGCAAUGGUGCUCGAAUAAGCCGGGCGCCGUGGAGUUGUUAAGAGAGGGCCGCGGAGCUGAGUCGAGACGCCUAAGAGCGUCCAUCGGUUCAAGAUGGCCACGACGCAAGUCAUCGACCUGCUCCUGCAAGACGGCUCGGACUACGAGUCGACCGUCGGCAUAGUAGGUCUACUCUACGCCACUGUAGCAGCCCACGCCGGCGCCGCGUAUAGACGAACACCAAAACAAAAAACACGAGCACGAAGACUGACGGGGUCGCUCGGCGCCGCGUCCACGAUACGUGCUUUAGGAUUUGCGGCCUUUGCCAUCCUCACGCACGCCCCGGGCACGCGCAGCCGCCUCUUCGCGAAAGGCGUAGUCGUGCUCCUCUGCGUGCCCGACUUUAUCGUGGUGUCGUCCUACGCGCUGCUCAUCGUCGUGUGGUUCGAAUGCUUCCUGGACGCGAGGAGGCACUGGCUCGACCGGAACCAGUACAGAUGGCAUUUUAGGAUUGCGUACUUCGGGCUGAACGUGGUCUUGGUGGGCGCGAUGGUCUUGCUGUAUGCGCUCAUCUUCUUCAGUGGAAUAGACGGCGUGCGCUACACGUACGUGGCGCUCGCCGCCGUAUCCAUCGCGGCACCCGUGGCGCACUGCGCUUUAUAUGUGACGCUCUCGUUGCAGUUCGCGCCGUUCCCGUUGCGGGGCGGCGACGACGAGCAUCGGGCUCAUAGAAGUAGAGUGGUCGUGGCGUGGGCUUGUGGGCGGGCGCUCUGGGGGCUGGUGGUGGUGACGGCCUGCUCCCAGAUAGGCACGGCGACGGCGUUGAGAAGGGACCCGCAGCUCGGCGGCGUCGCGCUGGCGGCGCUGUUCCUGUUCACGGAGGUGUGCCCCUUCGCAUUGACGCUCGACAGCGGCUUCCUCGGGCUCGUCGACGGAGACGCCGUGACGACGGCGCCUCCUUCCCUAUAUGGGACGGCGCCCGCGGCUCCGCGGGUGGAAAGUUCGGGCCAGUUUGUGUAAGAAAUUUUACCUGU